CUCCGUUCCAGCCCUAUAAAUGGACUCCCAUCUCCCUCUGCUCCGAAUCGCUUCAUUCUGACAAACUCUUCUUGCCGAAAACGUUGAGCGCCGCACCGCAUUAAGAUGUCAGACUUAGAGAACUGCCUGGGAACCAUCAUCGAGGUCUUCCACAAAUACUCAUCCAAAGAAGGCGACAAGUUCAAAUUAAAAAAGACCGAACUCAAGGAGCUGCUCACGAAUGAAUUUCCGACUCUCACCGAGCAUGUGAAAGAUCAAGCAACAAUGGACAGUUUGAUGGAAAGCUUGGAUACCGAUGGCGACUCGGAGUGUGAUUUCCAGGAGUUCAUGACCUUCAUCACCAUGGUUACCAUCUGCUGCCAUGAGUUUUUCGAACACCACGAAGACGAAUGAGUCGAAUUUAACAAAACGAGUUCGGUUUUGGUAGUUUAAUGAGUCCCAGUACAUAAAGUUUGCUUUGUUCUUUAUCGUAUUAUUUUAGGAUUAUUGUUUCGUUUGCACAGAACGUCCAUGCAGCUUGUACGACAGUUUGUUUGGCUUAUUUUUCUAGAAUCAAAACUAGUUCGUAAUUUAUUACGAAGCAUGUUUCUAUUAUGUUGCCUAGGCAUCCCCAUCAUAAAUCUCAUUGAGUGAAACGCGGACCAGGUGUUGCGCUCUUGCCGUUUCAAUUCCAGACUGAUUGUGAAAUGUUUUUUUUUUUCUGAUUAGCUUCAGACUAUUAGGCUGCUAUUGACUUACGUCGGAUUGUUCCGGGGCCUGAGACAAAUCAUACCGUGCUUUAAAAAGACCCACCAAAGCGAAUUAUUCUUCUGAAAAUAUCUAAUACGAUGUUUACAACCAUCCAUAAAUGAUUUGGAACUUCAGAUCAAUCCCAUGUGUUAUUAGAGCCAUGAAAACUCGACAGUUUUUCAUGUAUUGCAUGUCCAGAAUAUUUACUAGCAGAUUUUAAUAGUACAUGAAAUGUGUUUUCCCGCUGUAACCUAAGCUAACAGCCGAUCUCACAACAACAGGCUUAAUUCAUGAAGCAAAUGGGCAAAUCGUACAUGAAUCUACUGAAUGCGACAAUUUACUUACGAAUGUAUUACGGACAAUUAAAUUGUGUAAUAAGGCCCUACAGUGAAUGUUUCCUUAUAAAGUUAAACAAAAGAUGAACGAGUUUCAGAAGCCAAACUGUUAGAAUUAUGGAAUAAAAACUAGCGAAAUAAAUUGUGAACAUGAGAUUCAAGUAACGUGUGGAUUUUUGAAACAUUGAAUGCAUUAGUUUUAAAAUAAAGAUGUUCAAUAAAA